CCUGUGGAGGCUCACUGGCUGCUCUUCUUUUCCUAACCCCAUGGUGCUACUUGCAUUUCAGCUGCAAUGGCCUCAGCUAUACCUGACAAAGAGGAAGCUGCCAAGACCUCCCUGGAGGUGCAGGAAGAGGAGCAGCAGGAUGCAGUAAACCAGGUGGCUAACAUGACCUUGGUCAGCUCUGCCUGUGACAUGGCUUCUGCGGUUUAUGCCUCAACAAAGGUGAACCACCCCUACAUCGGAUCUCUGUGUGAUGCAGCAGAGAAAGGAGUGAAGAGUGUGACUGAAGCCACAGCCAGCUGCGUGCAACCAGUUCUGACUACACUGGAACCUCAUGUUGCUGCAGCAGGUGAGCAUGCCUCCAAGUGUUUGGAUGAACUAGGUGGAAAACUCCAACUCCUUCAAAAGCCAGUGGAACAGAUUAUCUCUGACACAAAAGAGCUGGUAUCAUCCAGAGUGGCUGAUGCAAAGGGUGCUGUGAGCAGCAAAGUGGCAGAGGUGAUGGGUGUAACAAAGGAGACUCUGGAGAGUGGCAUGGAGGCGGCCAGAUCUGCAGUGGCCAGCAGUGUGGGGAUGGCUAUGGACUCCAGAGUGGGCCAGAGGGCUGUAAGUGGAGCAGAAGCUGUGCUGGGGAGAGCAGAAGACAACUCCCUUCCUAUUGGAAAUGAGGAACUAGCCAAACUGGCAGCAUCUGAGGACGGUGCAGACAUGAUGUCUGUGGAGCAGCAGCAGGAGAAGAGGAGGUACUUUGUGCGGCUGGGGUCUCUCCCUGACGAACUUCGCCCGUUUGCCUACUUGCAGUCAACAGCCAAACUGAAGCAGGUCUGGCAGGGCAUGCGGGAGGCCCUCACACAGCUUCACUGUGUCAUUGAACUGAUUGAGGUGUUGAAGCAGGGAUUUAAUCAAAAGCUUCAGGAGGGGCAGAAGAAACUACACCAGAUGUGGCUGGACUGGGGUAUGAAGUCUUCCCAAGAGAGUGGACAUGAAAGUUCUGCAGAGCCAGAGGAGCUGGAGUCUCUGGCCCUGCUCAUGGCAUGCACUAUCACACAGCACCUGCAAAUCACCUGUUGUAGAACAGUGUCUGUGAUCCAAGGCCUUCCCUCAAACCUUCAGGAUAAGGUGAAACAAUCUUUUAGAGCCAUAGAGGAGCUUCACACUGCUUUCUUGGCAGCAAACUCUCUCCAGGACUUGUCCAGCAGUGUCUUGACCCAGAGCCAGAGGAAGCUGGCUGUGAUCCAGGAGUACAUGGAGGAGCUGCUAGACUACCUGAAGAGCAACAUACCUCUGUCCUGGCUGGUAGGACCCUUCUGCCCCAGGGAGGAGGAGGAAACAUUGCAGGAGGAUGAACCUUUGCAGGAGAAGGAGAUAGAGGCAGCAGGAGCAGGGCAUCAUGAGGCCUCUACCACCCUCAUGUAAAAAAAACAAAACAAAA